CAGAAUGCUACUGAGAUCAAUUCAACGUCAGAGGAAAAUCUUCGUUUCAACAUCGAGUGUUCGACAAAACGCUUAAGUACAAAAAGUACAAAAAUUGGCUACAAAAUUGUCAUCGAGAAAAACAUAAGCCCUUCCAAGUCUCCUCCAAUUUGCACCUAUGAAUAUAAUAUAAAGUACCUGGGUACAAUAUAAUAAUACAAACAUAUUUCUAUGGAUAGAACGAUACAGAAAUAACAACAGAAGGAAAUUACGAUCGUAGAACACAACAAUUGACCUUCCCCACAAUCACAUACACUGCACCGACCACUAACGAAUCAUAACGCACAUACAAAGAUAUACCUCUACAAGUAAUAAUUAUAUUAAGUCAGACCAGUUAAGAAAAAUAUGAUUACAAAUAACAAUGUUUCUGGACCUUAUACUAUAAGAUGCUAUUAGUGUCCACGUGUCUCAUAAAUAAUUAUGAUACUUUAUGUACAUAUUUUGAUCUUGGACUUUUUGAUAUUAAUCAACUAUAAUAUUUACUUCUUAUAAAUUAUAAUUAUUUACAGCAAACAUUCGUAAACACAAUUAUAGAAACAACCAGUGGCGACGAACUUGGGGUUCAAGUCUGGUCAAGGCCAGGCGAAAUUUUUAGUGGAGUAAUUGGAAAACGAAUUGAAUAUUCAUGUGAAAAGACUCUGGAGGAUGAUAAACAAAGUUGCCAGGUUGACAGUAGACCACCAACUGCUAACAACAGGGAUCUAGAUUUACUGCGCAAUCAAGUUAUAAAGAUCAUGACGGAAACUUUAUGGCAACGAAUAUUAGACAAAACUAGCAUCAAAAGUGUAUGCCAAAGGCAAUCUGUGUUAGAAUCACGACGAAAUUCUUCCGGUCGAAUAGAGUCUGCGUUAAUUGUUUCGUCGAUACUGCCGGCUAACAGACCGUCAAUAAUGUUUAAGUCCCGAUCGAAUUUAGAAACUGUUAACAAAACCUGCAGUGGACUUGUAUGCCAACAGAAAAAUAACAAAGAAUAUAAAAAAAAACCAUGGCCAAAAAGCAACGUCAAAAUUUUACCACCUAUCGAAACACAUCAAAUGGUAAGUUAUUUAAUCCUUAAUGCUCCAUCUAUAAUUCAAAGUAUGACGCACUAGAGAUAAAUAAUAAUAUGUAACUACCACGUUUCGUGUUUUGCGCAACCCGUACCUAUAUAAUUAAUAAAAUAAUUGGAAUAUAAUGUAUAGGUAUCGAUAACAAUGAAGUCAAUUAUAAUAGUAGAAUGUAGCUGGUCUAUUAUGACGUAUCUAGGUUCUUAUUCAUACCAAUGGCGGAUCCAUGGUUUAAUUUUUUUUUUUUUUUGGUGGGGGGGGGAGCUCCUAAAAAAUACUUCUAAGCCAUCAUAACAUAAUACAAUAUAAUAU